AUGGCGACGAAUACAUCAUCAUUCACUGCAAUCCCCAUAUUGGAUUACUCCCUUUCCACAUCUCCGACUACCAAGCCACAGUUCCUAGCCGAGCUUCGGAAUGCGCUGAUCAAUGUGGGGUUCUUCUACUUGAUCCAUGCGCCCAUUGCGCCUCAGAUCCAAAAGGAUGUGGUAGACAAAUGCAAGGAUAUUUUUGAUCUACCGUUAGAGAAGAAGGUCGAGAUAGAAAUGGUGAACAGUAAACACUUUCUGGGCUACUCCCGACUAGGAGCAGAGAUUACUGCGCGCGAACAGGAUUAUCGGGAACAGUUCGAUUUCGCGACAGAGUUACCAGCUCCAGGGCCCAGUGAACCACUUUAUCGUAAUAUUCGGGGUCCUAACCAGUGGCCCGAUGAAAGUGCCAUUCCUGGCUUCCGCAAGGCCAUCGAGGCAUAUCUCGCGGAAAUCAGCCCAUUAUCAGAUGCCUUUCGGGGUCUCAUAUCAGAGGCACUUGAUCUACCACCGACAGCAUUGGACCCGUACUUUGACGACCCGCAGCAACUGAAGUUGAAGUUGAUCAAAUAUCCACCACCGCCCAUAUCCUCAACCGAGGCAGAAGUCCAAGGCGUAGGCCCUCACAAGGAUUCGGAAUUCCUUACCUUUCUCCUCCAAGCAUCGCCCCACUCAGGGUUAGAGGUGCAGAAUAAAUCCGGCGAUUGGAUUUCGGCCGCACCGGUGGAGAACUCAUUGGUGGUGAACAUAGGGCGAGCGUUGGAAGCAAUUACUGGGGGCGUGUGCACGGCGACGACCCAUCGGGUAAGCCUCGCGCCCCGGAAUUUUAUCGAUCAGGCGGGCGCGUCUCUCGGGCCGCGGUUCUCCAUCCCUGUGUUCCUGGGAAUGGGCCUGGAUCUCUCUGCUGAGAAAAUCACCCUGCAGAUACCUCAGCAUGUCAGGGAUCUGAUACAGGAUGAAAAGGUACGAUCGGAUGCGGAGGCUACGUUUAAUCGUAUAUUCAGUGGCCGGACGGGCGAAGGGACGCUCCUUCAUCGGGUGAUCAGUCACCAAGAUGUGGGUCGCAGAUGGUAUCCCGACCUCUUGGAUUUUGCUCUGAAACAAUACGAGACAAAGUAG